CGUAAAAGAAAAACUAGAUUUGAUAACUAAAACUCAUAUAAGUCAUUCAAAAGGAACCUUUGGCUCUAUCGAUCACGAAAACGUCAAUCAUUCAACAGCAUAUUAGACUUACUGAUAAACGAACUAAUAAAAACCUGCUGGAAAUCAUUCAAAAUAAUGACUCAGGGCAGACAGGGCAAAGUAUAAUAUUGAUCUUGUGACUGCAAGCAGCAGCAUUAUUUCUGCAUUUUUGACGUGCAAUUUCAAAAAGACGCUAUAAAUCGAAACAAACACUAUUAUCUUACGUACUAAUUCACCUAUUAUAAAGCUGUAUUGUAUAAAAAGGUUUUAAUGUCCAGAUUUGACCAAGCUGAAGCAAUCGAAGAGCUGCAACGCUAUCGUUUGACAAAUGAACGCUCAUCUGAAAGAAUAUGUCAGCUAGGAGCCAAGCUUAUCAACGAAAAGUAUACAUCGAAGCUCGGCGAUCAGGUCUGGCCAUUUUACGAGCAAAUGACAAUAGCAGCCCUCGACGUUGGAGAUUUUGAAUUAGCUGAUUACUGCAUCGAAAAGUUGAAAAUACGUUUUACGGAAAAAUCUCUUAGAUUUCGUCGGUUACUCGGUAUGCGAUGUGAAGCAAAAGGAAGUUUAGCAGAAGCGCAACAAAUUUAUGAUAGUAUUUUACAAGAGGAUGAUACCAAUAUGUUGGCUGCAAAACGCCAAAUUGCUUUAUUGAAAGCUAAACAGGACGAUGCAAACAUGAUUGAAGCCUUAACGAAAUAUCUUGAUACAUAUUAUGACGAUCACGAAGCUUGGUUGGAGUUAUGCGAUGUCUAUUUGUCGAAAUAUAUGUAUGAGCAAGCCAGUUAUUGUUGUGAAGAAAUGAUGUUGCUCCAACCCUCCAAUCAUAUCACCAUUUUAAAAUAUGCUGAUAUUCUAUAUACGCUAAAUCAAAUGAAGCUGGCUAUGAAGCACUAUUGUAAAGUGUUGGAAUUAUGUAAGGACAAUGUCAGAGCCUUAUAUGGAUUGCAUUUGUGUGCCAGUAAAUUACUUAACUGCGAAGAAGUCAGUCAUGCUUCAGAUUUACAUGCUUUAGCUACUGAACGUUUAUUAAAAGUAUAUAAAGAGAAUGUACCUGAAACAGUGAGAAAAUCCCUGAUGGAUUAUUUACAACAACCCACCGAGGGUACAACAGGAGUAAGUACGUCGUAAGCGCAUGGAAAAGAAAUAAAAGCGAUAGAAGUCUACUAGUUCUUUGAACUAU